CCCCCUUGUGCCCCCCCCAAAUAAAAAGCGGAGCUGCCCCACAACCACAACAUCUAAUCAAAAAAUCAAUACACGCUCCCAACCCAGGGAAAAAUAAUAAUAAUAUAAUACAACCUGCCCCCCCCCUCCCAGCUUGUCGAUAGCGAGGGGUAAAAAGUUACAUACAUAAUAUCUCAAAAGUUGAGAAUUGUGUUCUCUCGGUCGGCCUCUAUCAUCCCGUCACGCUCCAAUUUUUUAUAUACGGUACUCCUAUUGCAAAAUGUCGAUCCGAUUUGGACGAAGUGGAAAUGGGUACGAUAGCUCCGAAGUCAUGGAGACUGAGGAUGAUGAUUGGCGCAAGGUGACAGACUUGAACGAGCGUCGCAAGAUUCAAAAUCGCUUGGCUCAGAGAAACUACCGUCGAAAACUGCGUCAACGUCUGGAAGAACUUGAGAGACAGGCUGGAAAGAAUAGUGGCCCAUCCACCUCAGUAUCCAACAAGAAGAGACCGAAGCAGCCAACUUCUGGAGCUGGCACUGUCAGUGAAACAUCUGCUAGGGGUCGCGCCAAUUCUGGACCGAGACGUGGGGAAUCUUCCCAUGCUCCUCACGGAGUGGUGGACACAGAGGGCCGCUUCUCGACAAUCGAUUCCCUCCUCUCACCUCCAAGUGUGUCUGGUGAGUCUGAGGACAGUAGCGCUUCCGCCUCCUCUCGUGGAAUCUACACCAGUGAUUUUAGCCCCAUGCUGCUACGACCAACGGCCAGGUCCUCAGAAAACACAUAUCCAGUAUGGCAAAACCAAUCACAGCUUCAGUACCCCGAACCUCCAAGUUACAGCUCGAGCCAGCCAUACAUUGCAAGCACUUCUGAGUACCCUCCUACCAGCAGUGUCCCUGCUCCUUCAGUGUCUCCAGCGCCAACUCAUCAGCAGCUACAAGCAUUCGAAUACGAACAGUACCUAUCGACCCAAUGUCCGCCAAACUACCAAUAUUGAAAUGCCAGACCAAGCGGAAUUCCCAACCUUAUCUCCUACCUAUUCGUCUAACCCAACCAUCGACCCAAACACCUUGCACUUGAACCCACUAAUGCCUCAAGACGAGUUCUAUCUGGCUCUCAACUGCCCCAAGCUCUUAAAUGCGGCAGUAACGAUUGGCAAGAUCCUGAACGUUAGUAGGUUAGAAAUGUUUCAGGAUGACACACCAUCACUAUUCGUUCGAGAGAACACAGAAGAACCGCUGCUCAAACUACCAGAUAAUUCUCCUGAUCUCCAGCCGCCAAAGGUUCGAAAAGGAGCCCAACGUCUCCCUUACAUUGAAGCUGCGCCCCUCCAGGGCUUUCGUGGCACGCUGCUCGAACGCAUUCAAAAGGGAGAGGAGACAGGAUAUUAUGUGGGCGAGGUCAACAUUCGCAGCAAAAUGUAUGAGAGCUGGGGUGUUUGUGGAGAAUGUCCAUGGGAAGGGCGAAGCUAGGAGAUUGGUGAAGCCUUCGCUAGGUGAGAAAAACCGCUUCUACCUUUGUAUUUCAUUAUUUUGACGAGUUUCAUUUGUAUGGAGUUCUGUUGUCUUUUUUGCCUUUUCCCCUCUUUAAUGAACUGCAUGCGUAUGAAGUUGAUGUAUAUAUUUUUGUGUUUUUUUUUUUUUUUUGUUAGGUUUCGCUCGCUUUCCCCUUAAGUUCAUUUCAUUUCUUUUAACAGCGUCUUUCCUCGAAAACAUGGCUGCGGUUGCAGGAAAUUUUCAUGUUCCAACCUCAUUAUUCCAUCAUUUCUCCUACUGAUUAUACCUUUCCCAAUUUUUUUUUCUGUUCUUCUUUUUUCCUUAAUGCCUCUUCCUUAACAUUUCUUUCUUUUGCUUGACAGCCAAACGGCGGGCUCCUUCUCGAUGGGCCAACAGCUGACGGAGGGAAGCUGAAGGGGAAGAUUGGUUCCUUAUGGACGACGAGAUGAUUCGAUCCACUAACUGGUGGUAAAGGUGGAGAGGCCUGGAGCCGCUCCCAGCCCGAGGAAGAGUACUGGGAGAAGUCAAAUGAAUGAAUCAUGACAAUGAUCAAGCUGCAUAAAAAUGCAGUCAGAUGGCAGCGGAAGGUUCUGGCGCUACGAAACAUUGAAGAAAUACCCGGGGAGGGGACUGUCCAGUAGGUCCCAGAUCCCAGACUGUGUCAGUGGCAGGCAGGAAAGAGAAGAGAUCAUUCAUUGUGUAUAUAUGAAAUUUGUUGUCGAUAGUCUAUUUCUGGUAUAUAGUAACUCUGUUGUAUAUUAGAUGUUUCCCCCCCAAAAAAGGUGGUCCGGCUCUUUUCUUCU